AUGAGACCAGCACUUCCUGUCGCGCGAAAUCCAAACUGGGAGCUAGAAAGUGACCAGGCGGCCUCUCUGAAACCAGUAGCGGAAAGCUACAUAACUCUGCAAUCACUGCGACAAUCCCGAGAAUACUGGCUCUCUGCCUUUCCAAAAUUCUCAAGUAGAUCCAGGGGGAGCAAAGCUCAAGAUGUAGUCCCACCACCACAUACCAUCCAGACUCGAGGCAGAUGCGAUCUCGAAAUUGGGCCCAUAAUAUUUCCCGACACUUUGUUCUAUGAAGUACAUUAUCUUUCGGUGCUACCACAGCCCCAGCCUCAACAACUGCCUGUGCUCUCAUUGUCAGCUGGAUAUACCACUACUCCCAGUAGCUCGAGUUCCGCUACUACUCAACCUUACAGUAGUGUUUACACGCCAUAUAGUGGAUACUCAGCAACGACCGCGGCUUCGACGUCGACGUCAGCCCCGGCUGCUGCGGCUAGCCAACCCGCACCUUUGCUAUCUUCCUUGACUUCGACAACGGUCACCCCUGCCUUGAUCCAUCAGGUCAACUCCGCAGCAUCCACCAACCCUACACUUGCCAAUCUCCUACAGCUAGCAGCCAGCGGCAAAGCUUCUCCUAAUCAGUUGAAGACACUUGGUCUCCUCAUACAAUCUCUCGCUGCAGCGAGCGGAACCCCAUACCAGUCCACACCAACAACGGACCCACCAGCUCCUCCCGUUCCAACACCAACACCACCUGUCAAAGAGUUUGACCUAGUCAUCGAGUUCCCAGAAUGUCCUUAUGAUCGAUUUCUAUUCCCUCGAGAACAUGUGGUAUGUGAAAGGAUGACAGACGCUGCUACUCCCUUGUCCUCUUAUCAAGACAUCCUGAUCGCAGUUCCCAUCCCCUUUGCUAAUUCUACGAAUACCACUGCCACCACGAAUCCUGCGAUUACCCCAGCGUCGCAGAUAUCGACAAUGAGGAUCAAAUCGGCCCCUGCUAUGCUUUGGGAUACCAUAUCACGAUGGGUAGGCGGCGAAGAGAGCCUCGCCCGUAAUCGUCAGUUUCUAUCACAGAUAAAAACGGACAGGGUAUAUCUUGCUCAACGUUUAUCGGAAGGCCAGCUCUUGACGACAUUACAGACUUUGUCUGCUCCAAACUUCACGAUGAAGCCUAUCAACCCCGCUGCCCCGGGAGCCAUAAGGCCGAAAAGGAAAUAUACACCUCGAAAGCCAAAGGAGAAAGAAAAAGACCCAGUCCCGACAGUCGUGCCGCCCUCUUUCCUAGUUUUAUCCCCUCAGCCGCCCCCUACGGCUGGGACAGCGUCUGCAUCAUACCUUCAGCAAGGUUCUUACUCUACGACGCCCACCUCCCUGUCAAAUACAUCGACACCACCUGCGGUGGUACCAUCGAACGAACCCGGGCCUUCAGCUCCAAAAAAGAAAGCAGCGAAACGAAACCAACCGGUUCAUCCUCGCAUUGCUUGCUUCUCGUGUGACGCGACCAAUGUCCCAUUGAUCAUGGGCGGUAGAUUUUGUCGUCCAUGUGUCGAGUCGGGCAAAGCUAAUACUGAGAUCCCUCAGCCAGUAAGGCAGAUUGGGGCAAUACCGUCAAGUACAUCGACAUCACGAGCAUAUCAUCCUUACACGGCUCCUAGCAGUACGCCUUCCACACAAGGUUUCACCAACGCUGUUCCAUUUGGGCCACCACCGCCUCCCCCUACAUCGUAA